AUGCCGAGCCACAGAUCGCAAGCCCAGUUCCAACGGGCUAAAUGGCGCCUCCUCAUCUUGGCCCCCUUCUGGGCUUUCCAGCUAGCUCUUGCUCUGACCAUCGCCGGUAUCUUUUCGUACAGGCUGGGUGAGUGCUUUCGGGCCCAGGGCAAGGAAGAGAAAGAGAAGGAUGACCUGCCACGCCAACUCGAGAUUGGAUGGGCGGCUACGAGCAUCGCUUUAUCCUCGUUGGGGGCAAUUUGCACUUUGGUCGAGAUCGCCAGAUACAUGGCUGAAGCCUUGACGGCACGGAUGAUGCUAUUCACCCACGCUAUCAAAGUGGUGUGUGCCUGUGCCCUGCUGGGCCUCGAUGUUACUGUGUACGUCAAGGGCGCCGCCAACCACUAUUCUCUCGUCGGUCUUGGGCUUGACGCCGUUCUACUAAUCACCGGCAUCUCCCUCGCCGUCUACUCCAUCCGCGUCUACCGCCGUGCCACCGCAUUCGAGGACUACCCUCACCACGUCAACGCCAAGUCAUACGGGUUCAACGACGAGGAGGACCAGGACCCAACCCUUCACCCUCCCGCCAAGGACAUCCUUCCCACCAUCGAGAGGCGCGUCUCGAGCGCGACCAACCGCCUCAGCUUCAGCUCAACCCGCACGUCCGACAGCCCCGUCAUAAUGGAGCCCAUCAAGCGCACCCCGAGCUACUACAGCCACGAGCGCGACACCCAGUUCGAGGAGUACCUCGCCCGCCGCAGGUCCGUAUCUCUCGAAUCCAAGACCGACGUCGAGAGGGUAAAGGCCAAGCACAUGAGCUGGAACAGCCCGCUCCUCGAACCCAUCAGCUACGAGGACUCCAUCCAGCAGCCGGCCGGUCGACCACGCGCCAUCAGCAACCCGCGGGCACCAAGCUGGUCCAGCGACCACGUGCUCGUUGCGGUUCCCGAGGAGGACGAGGCCACGCGCGAUGAGCGGGACAGAGAGACGCUCCUGGGGAGCGAGAGGAGGAGCAGCCUGGGCGACGAGACCCGUGUGUCCCAGGACAGCGGCCUGGAGCCCAAGUGGCAGAAGUAG